GUUUAGCUGUCAGGAAAUCAAAAUCAAAACCAGCUAAAGAUGAUUCAGAUGAUAAGAGCUUAUCAACAAAAAAUGAUACUAAAAUAACUUCAAAUAUAUCAGCACUUAAAAAUUUACAAUCAAUCAAUAGUUAUAAUAAUAAUAAUAGCAAAAAUAAUAAUUCUAAUAAGCGUGAUAAUAUUUCAAAUAUUUCCAAUAGUACUGCAAUGGAUGACUCACAAAAUAAUAACACAUCAGUAGCUACAACAAAAUUUAUAUUAAAUAAGAAACUUAAUCAUAUUGAUAAUCAUAAUCCAACUAAUAACUAUAAUCUUAAUUCAAUUACACAUAAUCAAAAUUUAACUGACGCUAAUUGUAAUAGGAAUGAAAAUUUUAAACUGGAAUAUAAACAAGAAGAUCGACAGAAAAUGCAACAGGAAGAUUCAAAUACCAUAUUUAGUUCGACGACCCACCGUAAUAUUAAUAGUAAUAAUAUGACUAAUAACAUUUGUGAUGAACGUCUAUCAGAUAACAGUAGUAACAAUAAUAGUAAUAAUAAUAACAACAAUAAUAAUAUUAAUUAUAACAAUAAUAAUUGUAACAAUAAUGAUAAUACAAAUAAAAAUAAUAAUAGUAAUAAUAAAUUAUCAGAAACGAUAACGUCAACAUCGAAUGGAUUAAAGUACCUGCAUAAAAAAUUCAAAAGAAUAGCUAGUGCCAAUGUUGUUGAAACUAAUGAGUUGAAUAAUAGUAAUACAAAUAAUAAUAAUAAUAAUAAUAAUAAUAAUAUUAAUAUUAAUAAUAAUAAUAAUAAUAAUAAUAGAAAUAAUAAUAAAAAUAAUGAUAAAAAUACAAAUGAUGAUCGAGAAAUUUCGGUAGAACAAAAACAAAAUACACAAUAUUAUAAAAAUGGUAAUAAUAAUAAUAAUAACAGUAGCAUCAACAACAUGAUUAAUAAUAACAAUAAUAGUAAUCUAUCAAGAAUGUCACCAUCUGAAGUACCAAAAUCUUUAUCAUCACCGUCGCCUUCUCCCUCAUCAUCAAUUGAAUUAACGUAUAAAAAUCCAUUUUCAAAAAUUGAAAAUGAUGAUAUUUCAAUUGAAAAACAUCGUGUAUCAAUUGACUCCAAUUUUGGUAACAAUAAUAGUAAAAUUGAUGGUACUUUUAUUAAAAAUCAAGUUUCCCAACAAAAAUCAAAUGAGUUAAUUACGGAUGAAACUCAAAGCCAUAAUAGUGAUAUUAGGAAUAGUCGAGAUCAAGUUUAUAGUAAUAAUAAUAAAAAUUUAAAAUAUGUCUAUAUGAAUGGUGAUAUUAAUAGUAAAAAUAAUAAUAAUUUUAACAAUUCAAUUGAAUUUGAUGAUACAUAUAAAUGUACAUUAUAUCGGCAAAUUAAUAUUAAAGAAGAAAUAUCAGAUGAAGCAAAUUUAUUACAAAAUGAAAAAGAUAAAAAUAAUUUAGUGUUAUGCAGAGAUUCAACAAUAUCGCAACACCAACCACUAAUACAAGUUAAUGCAAGAACAUCACCCACCUCAAUGGCAAAUUUAUUACCGCAAUCAAAACCUUUAUUGCAGCAAUCAAAGUUACAUUUAAAUGGUGAGGAUAACUUAUAUAACCAUAAUACAGCAAAUUAUAAUAAUUUAAAUAUAAACAAUAACAAAAAAAAUCAUAUAACAUCGGCCAAUCUCUCACAAGAAAAGGAAGCCGAAUUGAACAAUAUGUUAAUAUUGUAUCAGCAACAACGGCCAGAAUUCUUAUUUCACCAACAUCAGGAACAGCAACAACAAUACAAUCAAUCAAUAGUUAUAUCUAAUCAAGAAAAUUUAUCUCGAGCACCGAAUAAAGAAAAUAAUAUUGAUCAGGUACAAUAUUUACAAUAUCAACAAUUACAAAAGCAACAAAUUCCACAACAGCAGUUACAUUUAAACAACAAUAAUAACAGUAAUAGUUCAGCCGGAUUAGCAACAAAUUUACCAUCGGCGGGUCGUCAUGUUUGUCCUUAUUGUAAUUUAAAUUGUACAAAACCUUCAGUUUUACAAAAACAUAUCCGUGCACAUACCAAUGAACGACCAUAUCCAUGUGAUUUAUGCGGUUUUGCAUUUAAAACUAAAAGUAAUUACUAUAAGCAUUGUAGAUCAAGAUCCCAUGCGCAAAGAACCAAAGGAGUUGAGCCACAGCCAAAUGAAGAUGAUGGUUCUGUAGGUUCUGAUCAGGAACAAGAUCAAGAUUUGAGUAAUAGUAGUUCCGAUGUGAUAAGUGGUACAAUUUCGCCGUUAGAUGAACGAACAUCUUCCCCAGCAACAGCAGUUAAUUUAGUGCAAUCAUGUUUAACACAAAACUCAUCAAACUCAGCAUUUAAUACAAAUCAAUCAUCCACUUCUACACACGGAACAUCAAUAUCACUUUCAAAGUUAUUGAACCAGUCAAAUAACUUAAAUGAAAAAAUUACCGACAAACCUUAUAAGCCAAAGUUUCAUAAAGCUGCACUUUACACAAAAGAACAAUUGAGAGAACAUCAACAACAACAACAGCAGCAACUUCAAAAAAAUUUAUUCCGUCCUCAUCAGUUAAUUCAGCAAUAUCAUCAAAAUUUACCAUCUCAUAUUUCACCUGAUGUUGAGCUUCUGAAUCAAAAACCGAAACAUCAAAUUAGUCAACAAAAACCUGCGUCUCUUGGACCAACAAUGAAUCUCUAUGAUAGUCAAAACAAUUCACAACAAUCCGAAGAAAAUAGUUACUACUCCCAACUCUUAAUUCAAAAUUCAACAUCACCACCAUCAGUAUCCCAUAAUAACUUUAAAUUAGAACAGCAACAGCAACAACAGCAGCAACAUUUAUCAUAUCAUUCGAAUUCCCAAGUCCAAAACUCUUUAUUAUAUACUGGAAAUUCCACAUGUGGUGUUGGUAAUAAUAUGGUAAAAUCAAAUUCAAAUUUAAGUCAAAAUACUCAUCGUAGUCAGACAGGAGCCAUAACUGUUGGUAAUGAAUCAUUAACAAAAACAGAACAUAAUCUUCAUCAGCAUUAUCAACAUCAUCAUCAUCAUCAAAAAAAUAUGUCAUUAUCAACUACGGCGCCAACUAUGUCUGUGCAGCAAAAAUUAACAUCAUCAUCAUCAUCGAUAACGUCGCCGUCAUCGACUUUGUCUUCAUUUCAACAAGUAGUAACACCAGGAACAAUAUUAAAAUCGUCUUCAUCGUCUGUUUCAAAUACUGAUAGUAUUACCCCAUCAUCAUUAUCAUCAACAAACAAUUUUCGAAUACUUGAUGCAACAGGCCAAAAUGGUGGUAAUAAAAACCAUGGAAAGAAUGGCAGCAUUUCUGGCUCCAGUGAAAGUAAUAAAAAUAACUUUGCAACUAACAUCGGCGGCGGACAUCAAUUGGAUUUGGAGGCAGUGCAAGAGCAUAUCACAAAGUUAAUAUCACAAAAUCAAGCUAUAGUUGGCAAUAAAGCUGAAAUUUUUCAAAAAAAAUAUCCUAAGCAAUUGAAUAAACAGAAAAGUCUUUCUAAUUUAAUAAUUCCUACGUCAGGAUCUUCAAUGACAUCUUCUAUUCAUUCAGCGUCAUCGUCAUCUUCGUCUUCCUUAGAUACGCCGAAUACUCCUGCUACUCCGAAUAGUUGUAAUGCAAAAUUAGCAUUUGCUAUUGCAACUAAACAACAACAGAAGCAGCAGCAGUUGCAGCUGCAACAACAACAAUUGCAACAGCAGCAACAAUUACAGAUGCAACAACAACAAUUGCAACAGCAGCAACAAUUGCAAAAACAGCAACAACUGCAAUUUCAACAAGAAAUAUCAAAUCGCAACUCAAAUAACUAUCAACCAAUCCCGCUAACAUUACCCACUUCUUCACCCAAGGUAAUGAAUAUUCAAAUACCAACGCAUUCGCAACAUCAACAAACUAUAUUACAACUACCGCAACAGAAUAUGAUUGUAAAAAGUGCAUUAGAAACAAAAUCACCAGUUAAUUUGCACCAGUCUUCUGUAGUAUCUGAGGCAUUACCACAACCACUGAAUUUGUCCAAACCUUUGCUCCUAGAAACUAGACAAGAAUCCACUCAUGAUUCACAAUCGUUAAAUGUUUUACAGCAACCUUUACGUAAAAGGUCAUUGAUAAGUGUGGAUGAAAAUGUUCAGCAAAGCAUGCAUUUAUCGUCUCCUUCCCCUACUCAUAAUGUAAUAAAUACUACAAAGACACCGCCAACUCAUCCAAAAAAUCCAGAACGCUCAAUUAUAAAAAAUUUGUUAUUGAAUUCGAGAGGAUUAGCAAUACCAAAUGGUGAAGGUGAAGAUGCGGUUUACACUUGUCCAUUAUGUAAAUUAAAUUUUCAAACCGCAGAAGAAUUAAAAUUGCAUACCAGUCAAUAUUGUGAAGGUGGGCCAUCAAGUGCACCAAUGAGCCCCGUUAGUAAUGCGCAAAAAUAUUACCGCUCAAAUUCAAUAAAUGUAAAUUUACCAGAAUUCAAUAAUCCAAAUUCUUUAGCAAAAUUAGCGAAAUCGUCUCUGAUUCAAUUAUCCAAAAAUCCUAAAUCUUUGGUGAAACUGUGUUGGUCACAGCUAAAGACGAAGCCUAGCAACCUUGUAUUAACGCAAUUGAAUCUCGCAACCGGAAAAGAUUUGACAUCAACUGCAACCGGAUAUUCAAAUAGUAGUGCUACAAAAACUAAUGUAGUUUCUUCUUCAUCUAAAUUUAAUGAUAUGAAAACAACUGAAAAUAUUUUGGAACCUGUAAACUUACAUAAUAUGUCGAUGCAAAAAUUAAUUGACGCGCCAUUGCCAUCUCCAGGGCCGUUAUUGGGUAAAACGCCCUUAGUUGAAAGUUAUAACCCUGAAAAAUCAGAAAAAAAACAGGAAGAUGUUGUUAUUACCAAAGUGCAUGAGGAAUCCGCAGCUUCUAGGUGUGCGUAUCAAUAUGCAAAGAAAUUUAAGUUUGAUCAAGAGUUUACAUCAAAUCCUGAAAAUUCUAAGUACUAUAACACCGAUACAAGUACAGCGCUUUUCGAUUCUCAACAAAUUCGUCAUCCAAAAGCUCAAUAUUUGAUGUCAGGAGGGGAUAUCCAAAUAUUAGACGCAGGAUCUAAACCUGAGGAUUUUGAAUUGCGGCAACGUUUUGUGUCGUCUGGUGGAUGCAUAGUUCCCGUAAUUGAAAGUGAAGCUUCUCCUAAAAUAAUUCGAACACCUCUUUUGUCUGGAGGAAGUUUUACGGAAGUUUCACCGAAACAAAAGGACAUCAACGAGGGUCCGAGUGUUCAUAGACCAAUAUCAGCUACACAAAAUUCGCAAGCCUUACCCCAAUCUCAUGCAAAAAUGAUGAUGAAUUUGCCAGCUCCUUUAAGCGCUGUUAGUCUACAAACACCAAAUGUAUUGAGCUCCAGUCUACCGUUAAUUCAACAUUUUCAGUUCCCGCCGAUUAAUUCCAUUACAGCUUUUAAUCCUUUAACAUUGCCGCCACUGCCCGUGAUACAAUCACCCGUUUUGCCGUCAGGAGAAAAAGUAAUUCCAUAUGUACCCGGAAUACCUGGACCGAAUACUUUGUCACUGCCUAUGCCACAACCGCCAAUACCACAGCAAUCAAAGAUUUUAGAUUAUCGAAAUGUAAUAAGCCCGCCAAACGUCAUUCAAAGAAAAAAAUCUGGCAGUCCGCAAGUACAAGGAACUCUUCUAGGCAAUAACCUUAGUGAUAAUACAGCGUUUGCGUGUUCGCCUAGAAAUUUAGAUUCUUUUCAUAAUAUUAACCAGGAUCCAUCAAAAUUAGCACUUUCACAAGUUUGUCAGAAACCCUUAAUUCGAAUUGAAAACAUUGACAAUAUCCAACAUAAAUCACUACAAUCUAUGGCCCCAACAAAUUUUUCAAAUAAUUCUGAUCUUGGAAAAUUAACUGUUCCAGUACCACAACAUAACGUAUCGGCACAACGUAGUACUAAAAUGAACAGUGGAUUUCAUAAUUUAGAAGCACCAUCAAAUAAAAAAUCCUUUAAUUUUACACGUAUUGCUGACAAUAUAAGUCCUAAAAAAAUCGAAAAAUCAAGCCAUUCAUCUCUGCAACCGCUUAAAUCACCUGAGAGAGAAAUGCGAUCGAUUCAACACGAAAUUAGUGAAAAUUCUGUUAAAGCGGAAUCAAAAGCUGAACAGAAUGAACCAAUGUGUACAACAGUUGCUAGUGAAAAUCCUGUAACUGAUUCGGGAGUAGUUUCCGCAUCUCAAGAUGAAAAGUCAAAAAAAAGUAAAUUUCUGCGACCUACAAGUCUGCCUCUUAAGCCAGGAACUUUCACACCUAAAAGACAUCACGGAAUCACUCCAACUGCCAACACGAUGCCAUUAAUUUCACCUGAAACUCCAAGACCAUCUAAAACUUGUGGGCAAAUGUUUUUAAACGGACAUGCAUAUACUUAUUUAGGACUUAAGUGUAGUACCAAAAUGUUUUAUUGUACAGUAAAUUGUCCGCAACCUUCCUAUGUAGCAAAUUUACAUAAACUGUCAAUGUAUAGCGUGUGGCAGGUUCAUACUGAUAAAAAUUUGCAUCCUCUUGGGUUUAAACCAAAACUUGCUUUGGAUUUGUAUGACUCACGCCAACGCAAUUCAUUAUGUACAACAGCAAACAUCAAGUUGCCAUAUACAUCAGUACAUUCACAACAUACAGUAAUGACUCCUUUUGAAAAUAAUACGGGACAAUAUUAUCACCAUCAGAUAAAGUCAAUUGCAGUACCGUUAAUUUCACCAAUACAAGAGCAAACUAAUUCAACUCAAUCACAAAUUGCAGCUACUAAUACAAAUGUAUCACAAUCAAAUAUCACGUUAACAGUGACUCCAAACUCAGAAAUAGUUGUGCCAGCUUCAUCUAAUAACAAAAUUGAUACUAAUCAAAAAACAACUUUAGUGGGGGGUUAUGAGAGUAACGAAGAUUAUACAUAUAUCAGAGGGCGAGGCCGAGGUAGAUAUGUCUGCCUAGAAUGCGGUAUUCGUUGUAAAAAGCCAUCAAUGCUUAAGAAACACAUACGAACUCAUAGUGAUGUUAGACCAUAUACUUGUCCACAUUGCAAUUUCAGUUUCAAAACAAAAGGAAAUCUCACAAAGCACAUGCAAUCAAAAACUCAUUAUAAAAAAUGCCUGGAACUAGGCGUUGAUCCUGGUGAAGGUUUAAAUGGUGAAUUUGUGGAUCAUCGCGAAAAUACCGACAAUGAUCAGCAAUCAAUUACAUCUAGCAAUGGAAAUGGAGGAGGAAGUAAUAGUGGAAGAACAUCAACUAUUCCAGGAGAAUCUGAUUCCGAUGGAGAAGAAACUGAUGGGGAUGAUAGAGAAACAGAAAGUAGUGAUACAGAUGAAUCGAAAUCUCGCCUGCCAGAACAUGAGGCAGCCAAAUGUUUACUAUCGUUAUCGAUGACACCACCCAGUAAUAGUGUUUCACCACAUUUGCGAUAUUCGAACGAAAAUUAUCCGUUAAAUCAAGAUUCUAAUCUGGAACAGUCAAAAAAUACCAACUUGAGUUUUCAAAAACAAAAGGCAGUCAUAACAUCUUUUACUUCACCAAAACCACCGUUCGAUUAUCAAAAGCAGGAAAAAUAUUAUUCGAAUCCUUCAAUACCUAAAACUGAAAAGUUCGAUGAUCCUGGAGUUGUAUUAGAUUUAACAAAUAAAUCUUCUAUAGAAAAAAUCAAAGUAACUGCUUUAAGUGAAGAGGCAAAAUCGCGAAAAACUCCAACAAAUGACACUUUAUCCAUAUCAAAUUCUCCAGUUUGUUCUACAAGAACAAUGGAGAUUAUUGGUAAUGUUAACACUAACGAAUCUGGUAUCUUAAAAACACUUGUUUCACUCACAGAUAGGGUGCGUGAUGAAGUGAGUUCCACAGAAAUAGAAUUUUUUCAUCAUACACAGAAGCUUGAUGAUUCUCUUUUACGACCAUAUUUGACCGAACAAGCUUUAAAGCAUACAAAAAUUAAACAAUGUCAAAUGAAUAAAUCUUUCACUGACAAUAUGUUCUUGCAAAAUCAUAUCCAUGAGACUAAUUCUACUAAUAUAUCAAUUAAACAAAAAAUUAGUCAAAUACAAAAAUCUGGGAAUACUUCCCAAUUACAAGAAUGUUCAACUUCUAACAGGGAUAAAAAGAUGGAAACCAAUUUGAGUAAAAUUGAACAAAAUGAUGGCCCGACAAUUUCAACAAGCCGUGAAACUCUGCUUAGAGAUAAUUCAGAGAAAAUUCAAACCUUGCAAAAAAUAACUGCAGGCACUCAGCAUGCCUCAGUUUCGAGUAUAUCAAACACAAUGAAAGGUAACUCUUCGAAAUCUCAAAGUUCGUCUAACGCACAAGAUGUUGCUUCCGAAUAUUUGAAAAUGACCUUAAAAUCAAAUCAGCAACAAAAACCAUCAACUGCUUCAUCUAAUUUGGUUGAAGAAAGUGAAGAUGAGAAUAUAGACCAAGAAGGUGCGUCAGUUUCAGAUUUAGGAACGCCUACAGUCCCCAAUUCUUCAACAACAUCUUUGCCAACCGAUUUUACAGGUAUUCUCGCAAGAACUGUUGUAGUAGGUGAAGAUGGUUUUAAAAAUGUUCCUUCUUCAGCGCAAGCUCCAUCUCAAACUAUUACCAGUGGGAAUAAUAGCACCCCAGCGAGUUCAAGUAGUCAAAAUUCACACGAAAUUCAACCAAUGUUCCCGAGAAGUGGUCCUAUAACAGAUGAAGGACGACCUGUUUGUAAUAUAUGCUCUAAAACGUUUCAGAAACAACAUCAACUUGCUCUACAUAUGAACAUUCAUUAUAUGGAAAGAAAAUUUAAAUGUGAACCAUGUGCUUUGGGAUUUCGAAGCCAGGGUCAUUUGCAAAAGCAUGAACGGUCGGAAGGUCAUAAAAAUAAAGUAAUGAUGACAUCAGCGUUUGGUGUACCAACAACAUCAAAUCCUCGACCAUAUGAAUGCUCCGAUUGUAAAGUUGCGUUUAGAAUACCUGGACAUUUAGCAAAACAUUUACGAUCGAAAACACAUGUUCAAAAACUUGAAUGUUUGCAAAAACUUCCUUUUGGCACGUAUGCAGAAAUUGAACGCAAAGGGAUAAGCUUAACUGAAAUCGACACAACUGAUUGUGAUAAUUCUUUAGCUAGCUUAAAAAUAAUAGCGCAAAAACUUAAAGAUGAAGAUCCAACGAAAUUAAGUAGUUAUACAAAUCCUUCGGGUAUGGAAUCAAAUAAUAAGGAUGCAGGAACUAGUUCACUUUCAGAGCAAAGUAAUAAUGAAUGUAGUAAUGAUUUGAAUGUUGAUAUUGAAAAUAAUACAACUGGUUCUGGUAACGAAAAAGUAAAUAAUAUGAAACAACUAGAUUCUGCUUCUUGUGAAACUAAAAAUAAUGAUCCAGGUCAUAUUUUAGAUAAUACUUCAAUAGGUGACGGCGGAAUAAAACGUAAAAUUGAUGCACCAAAUUCAUCUUCUUCAGAAAAUUUAGCGAAUUCAAUGACAAAUACUCCAAAUCCAGCUCACAUUAUUGCAGUAACGUCAACGUCAACUAGUAAUAGCAAUGAUAAUAGUGGUUCUAAAAAUCAGUUGCAAGGAUCAGUUGAUACAAAAAUAUCAAUUAAUAAAGUAGUUAACAAUUAUAACAGUAGUGUAACAUCUAAUUCAAACAAACGCAUCCGUACUAAUAGCGAAACAAAAUAGUGCCAAAUUUUUAUUUUUAUGUAAAAAUAAAAAUAAUAUAAUUUUAAAAAAAAAUUAACUGAGGGAAUAUAAGUAUGUGAUACGAAUAUCACAUUUAGAAAUAUUUAUUACAUUUGAAAUAUAUACUUAUGUAUAUAUAUAUACAAUGGAUGUUAACGAAUGAAGUCAGUAAUUUUAAUUAUUAAAUGCUUUUAUAAGUCUGCUAUUUUUUAUUUUGUUUAGAAAACUUCGAAAUCAAGAAUGUCAGCUAGUCAAAAGAUAAAGUUUUAUUGGAUAAUUGUAUUAUGUACAUUGCUAUAUUAUAUACACAUAUAUUUUUUUAUCCAAAUAUUAACAAUUAUUUUGUAAAAUAAUCAUAUUUGUAUUUUAGAGUUAUUUUGUUUCAACUGAAUUCGGAAUUAUAUUCAAAUUUAGCACAAAAUUUAGGCAAAAAUUAUAUUCACGAAAUUAUUUAACAUUUUUUUUUGGAACAUAUUCUUCAACUGAUCCUUCUGUGGUACUGGUCAGUUUCCUUUAAGAAUUACUGAAGAAGUCAAAUAUAUUUUGUGUAUACUUCAUUAAUCUCCCUUCGUAAAGUUGUAUCGUUCAAUUCCGUCCCAACGUCUUAACCCUUCUCCCACAAUAAAAUUUGACUCAUCUUCAUACUCCUUCAUUUUUCGUACUCUUCUUCAUCACUCUUGGAACAUUCUACUAACUAACGUGCAAAUCUUAAUGCAUAUUAAAUGAAAUUGGAAAAAUAGUCAGAUGAAUAUCUUCGAGUUAAGAAUUCACUCUUUCUUAAAACUGUUUUAGAUUCUCAAUUAUUUUUUUUAAAUAACUGUCAUUAGAUGAGCAUUUUUUUUGCUCAUUCUAUGAAUUUAACUAGCCAAUGAUCAUCCUCCAUCUCCAAGCGAAUUAUAGUUUACUUCUGCUUCAUUAGCAGACUGUAAUAUUAAAUGGAUAGUUCAUUGGCAAUAUUAAAUAGUGUGUUAUCUUCGACUUUAGAACCGAUUUUGACAUUGCAUGAUUUUCCAAUUUUCGGACAAUUCUUUUACUGUUUAGAAGAAUUUAACUAAAUAGGCUUUUUAGAAUAACUUUUUUUAAUCAAUUUUUUUGUA